UGGUCAACUACUCAUCAUGUUCCUUAUUGUGAGCCUUCAAGUUACGGAUGUUGUGGCUAAGGUCAAGACGAAAAAGAAUUCCAAUAUACAUUACAGUAACGAGGAUAAUUUGAAAUCACCCACAGAGGGACAACAUUUCGCCAUGGAACCCCAAGAUCAAACAGCGGUGGUGGGUUCAAGAGUUACCCUGCCGUGUAGGGUAAUGGAUAAAGUGGGCGCUCUACAAUGGACCAAAGAUGAUUUUGGUUUGGGUCAACAUCGUAAUCUGAGUGGUUUCGAACGUUACUCCAUGGUUGGCAGCGAUGAAGAGGGUGAUUUCUCUUUGGAUAUUUUCCCUGUAAUGUUGGACGAUGAUGCCCGUUAUCAAUGUCAAGUGGGGCCUGGACCAAACGGCGAGGCUGGUAUUCGAUCACGAUUUGCCAAAAUCACCAUUUUGGUUCCGCCAGAGGCACCAAAAAUUCUACAAGGUGAUCAUUUGGUUACCACGGAAGAUCGUGAAAUAGAAUUGGAAUGUGUUUCGGAGGGUGGCAAGCCGGCGGCAGAGAUCACCUGGAUUGAUGGUUUGGGUAAUGUCCUAACCAAAGGCAUUGAAGAUGUCAAAGAGCCCUUGCCGGAUGCUCGUCGUGUCACAGCCAAGUCCAUAUUGAAAUUGACACCCAAAAAAGAACAUCACAAUACCACGUUCACGUGUCAAGCUCAAAACACCGCCGAUCGCACAUAUCGUUCAGCAAAAAUCCUAUUAGAAGUGAAAUAUGCCCCCAAAGUGACCGUAUCCGUUGUGGGUGGUGCUUUGGCCGGUGGUCGCAUUCCCGAAGGCGCUGAAGUCAUACUCUCCUGCCAGGCCGAUGCUAAUCCUCCCGUACAAUCGUAUCGUUGGUUUGUCAAUGAUGAAUUGGUAACAGGUGAUUAUACCACACGCAUGGUUAUACACAAUGUGUCGCGCCAAUAUCACGAUGCCAUUGUCAAAUGUGAGGUGGUAAAUGCCGUGGGCAAGAGUGAGGAAAGCGAAACAUUGGAUAUCAGUUAUGGUCCAGCUUUUCGUCAACGUCCCAACUCUGUGGAAGCCGAUUUGGGCGCCACUGUCACCAUGAAAUGCGAUGUCGAUGGUAAUCCACCACCAGAAAUUGAAUGGAUAAAUGAAAACUCUGAACGUGUUGUGGGCACCUCGGCCAAUCUAACCCUAAAAGUGUCCAGUGAAACAGCAGGCCGUUAUUAUUGUAAGGCCGUGGUGGAUGGCUUCCCUGAAAUUGGCGCUGAGGCCACAAUUUAUGUAAAACGUGCUCCCAUCAUCACAUCGCACAAAGUCCAGUUUGGUGCUGUGGGAAAUCGUGCCAAAAUCGAUUGUUUGGCCUUCAGCAUACCCAAGGCUGAUAAGAUUCUGUGGUCCUACGAAGGCAAGAUUAUCAAUAUGUCUACAGCUGAUCCAGAUUUGUAUAUAUUCGAAGAACACCACUUGCCUGAGGGUGUCCGUGCGGCUUUGAUCAUCAAGGAAAGUCGUUCGAAUCACUUUGGCAAAUAUAAUUGUACAGUUGUUAAUUCAUAUGGCAGCGAUUCGUUGUUAAUUACCUUAAUACCCGAACCUGGUUCUGUACCCGUCCUUUUGGUGGUCAUGGGCUCCAUGUCCUCGGUGGCCAUUAUCCUAAUGGUUGUGAUGCUAGUGAUUGUUUAUAUGAAACGUAACAAAAAGAAGCCCAUGCCAGCUGAUGUUAUACCCGAGGCCUCUCGUGGAGGUGACAAAUUGAGUGAUUUAAAGAAUGAGAUGCGUGCCAAGGCCUAUGAGGCGGCUGAAUAUACCGAAUCCAGUUCAGAUGGUUUGGCCAUUAAUCUAACGCAUUCACCAAUGCCCGACGUACAAAUGAAGGGUGCCACAUUGGGUGUACCUUUGGCGGGACCGGUAAAAUUGGAUGAAAGAUUUUCCGGUGACUUUGGCGAUCGUUACAAUCGCAACAUGAAAAAUAUAAAAAAUAAUCAAGACUACAAAGACACAGCCAAUGGCUAUCCCUAUUUUGAAUACGCCUUGGACUAUAGCCCUCCCAAUGAUAACAAAAGUUCAGUGGGUUCUGUGUCCAAGAGUAAUUCGACCACCAUCAGUUCGGCCACCUUGCCGCAUUACUCAAAUCCAGCCACCUCUACGGGGAAUAUGAGUUUGCCCAGAAAUCGCAGUGAUAUGCAACAGCAGCAACAACAACAGCAACUAAAUAAUGGAUUCUUAGGUCAACCAUUAUUACAAAACGGCAUUGAUAGUCGUUUCAGUGCCAUCUAUGGUAAUCCCUAUCUGCGUACCAAUUCCUCCAUACUCCCACCUCUGCCGCCACCCAGUACAGCUAACCCAGCGGCAACACCAGCACCACCGCCUUAUCAUGCACCGCGCAAUCACAUGAACACCAUGGCCAAUGGUGGUGUAAUGGGCAGUCUAAAGAAUUUUGGCACACCCAGCAGUAUCAUCAGUGGUCACAAUGGUCCGGCCAGUGUAAGCGGUAGUAGUUCAAAUCUGACAGCCAGCAGUAACACGUUGGCCGCCACACCACUGGCAACCCAAGUAGGGUCAGUGGGUACACCAUCUGCGGCUGGGGCAGCAGUUAACACAGCAAACGCAACAACAGCACAAAGUCCAUCGGGACAAUUUAUUUUGCCCUCAAAUGGUAAUGUUACAAAGAAAGGAGCCCUGGCAACCCAUGUCUAAAUUAAGCGCACAACACAAACAACCAACCAAACGAACGAACGAAUUCAAAUUGAAACGAAUUACCGUUAUGACAGGUUAAGUGGAAAUCUUAACAAAACAUAACGGCAAUAUUCAUCGAGCAAGACAG